AUGCUGAGCGCUUUGAAACGUUCUUGUCUGCAAAAGCAGUCUAUCUCCGCUACCAGAGCGUUCCACGUCUCUAGAACCCUCGGAUCCGUCAUCUCCCAGGACCACGUCAAGGCUACUGAGGCCUCCAAGCACAUCUCCAACAAGUACGCCGUCAUUGACCACGAGUACGAUGCCGUCGUUGUCGGUGCAGGUGGUGCUGGUCUCCGCGCUGCCUUUGGUCUCGCCCAUGCUGGCUUCAACACUGCUUGUAUCUCAAAGCUUUUCCCCACCCGUUCCCACACUGUCGCUGCCCAAGGUGGUAUCAAUGCAGCCCUCGGUAACAUGCACAAGGACGACUGGCACUGGCACAUGUACGAUACCGUCAAGGGUUCCGAUUGGCUCGGUGACCAAGAUGCCAUCCACUACAUGACCCGUGAGGCUCCUCAAUCUAUCAUUGAGCUCGAGCACUACGGUGUUCCCUUCUCCCGUACCGAAGAAGGCCGUAUCUACCAGCGUGCAUUUGGUGGUCAAUCCAAGGACUAUGGCCAUGGUGGCCAGGCAUACCGUACCUGCGCUGUCGCUGACAGAACUGGCCACGCUAUGCUCCACUCUCUUUACGGUCAGUCCCUUAGACACAAUACCAACUUCUUCAUUGAGUUCUUUGCCCUCGACCUCCUCAUGCAGGACGGCAAGUGUGUCGGUGUCAUGGCCUACAACCAGGAAGAUGGUACCAUCCACCGUUUCCGCGCCAAGAACACCGUCGUCGCUACCGGUGGUUACGGCCGUGCUUACUUCUCCUGUACUUCUGCCCACACCUGUACCGGUGACGGUAUGGCCAUGGUCACCCGUGCUGGUCUCCCCCUCCAGGAUCUUGAAUUUGUUCAGUUCCACCCUACUGGUAUCUACGGUUCUGGCUGUCUCAUUACUGAGGGCUCCCGUGGUGAGGGUGGUUUCCUCCUUAACUCCAAGGGUGAGCGUUUCAUGGAGAGAUAUGCUCCCACCGCUAAGGAUCUCGCCUCCAGAGAUGUCGUUUCCCGUUCCAUGACUAUGGAAAUUCGUGACGGCCGUGGUGUCGGUCCUGAGCACGACCACAUUUACCUCCAGCUUUCCCAUCUCCCUGCCUCGGUUCUUCACGAGCGUCUCCCCGGUAUCUCUGAGACUGCUGCCAUUUUCGCCGGUGUUGAUGUGACCAAGGAGCCCAUUCCUGUUAUCCCCACCGUCCACUACAAUAUGGGUGGUAUCCCCACUAAGUACACUGGUGAGGUCCUGACCCAGGACAAGGAUGGCAAUGAGAAGAUUGUCCCUGGUCUUUACGCCUGUGGUGAAUCUGCCUGUGUUUCCGUCCACGGUGCUAACCGUCUCGGUGCCAACUCUCUUCUUGAUCUGGUUGUCUUUGGUCGUGGUGUUGCUCUCGACAUUGCCUCCAAGUUCACUCCUGGCCAGGCCCACGAGCCUUCCUCUGAGGACAUUGGUAAGGAGUCGAUUGAGAACCUUGACAAGUGCAGAACUGCCACUGGUCCUAAGCCCACUGCCGAGAUCAGACUUGCCAUGCAGAAGGUCAUGCAACAGGAUGUCUCUGUCUUCCGUAUGCAAUCUUCUCUUGAGGAUGGUGUCCGCCGUAUCACUGAGGUUGCCGGUACCUUUAAGGAUGUCGGCACCAGUGACCGUUCUAUGAUUUGGAACUCUGAUCUCAUUGAGACUCUUGAACUCCAGAACCUUCUUACUUGCGCUAUGCAGACUGCUUACUCUGCUGUUGCCCGUACUGAGUCUAGAGGUGCCCACGCCCGUGAGGACUACCCUGACCGUAACGAUAAGGAGUGGAUGAAGCACACUCUCUCGUGGCAGGAUCACUUCUCUGAGCCCGUCCACCUUUCUUACAGAGACGUCAUUUACCACACUCUGGAUGCUAAUGAGUGCAAGUCUGUUCCCCCAGCCAAGCGUGUUUACUAA